UUUAAAAAAAAUCAUAAUUUUCAGUUUUUUAAUAGUUUUCUAUUUAUCAAAUUAUGGGUAUGAAGGGACUAUAUGCGUUAUUCAAGUGGCCUUUAUACAAUUAGAUGACAAUAGCAUAUUCACUAUGUUACCUUUGAAACCGAGGGUCAAUUCACUUGAAAUUAUGCUUACAUAGGCUAUAAAGUCCCUUUAAGGUCUUUAUAAAAAAUGGCACUGAAAUGUUUAAAACUUUAUUCCUAAAAUUAAAGGAUCCAAAAUAUGCGGAAACGAAUCGAAUCGAAAUAAAAGGAAACUGGUCAAAAAAACUGAGAACUUAAAAUUUUUAUUGAAAACCGAAAACCGAUGAAAAGUAUGCAGAAACGGCUCAAAACAGAGUGAACCAAUUAACAAACAGAGAUUUUUAAACUUUUCCCAUAAAUUCGCAACGGAUCAAAAAUAUGCGGAAACGGAUCAAAAACAAGAGGAAACAUACUCAGAAUUUAUAACGUUUUCUGAAAACCGGAAACGGACUAAAAUUAUGCGGGAACGGAACGAAAAAAAAAUAAACCAUUCAACAAACUAAAAGUUUAUAACUUUUUCGGAAAACCGGAAACUGAUCAAAAAUAUUCGGAAAUGGGUUUAAAAAAACGGAAACAGAUCAAUACUGAGAAUUUAAAGCUUUUUCCUGAAGCCGGAAACCAAAAUAAAUGAGACAAAUUAACUGUAAAUAUAAAGGAAACGGAUCCAUAAAUACUGUCAAGUUUGUGAGGGAUUUCCGGUAAUUCUUGGAAAAAGACGGAAAUUCCUGAAAAAAUUCCGUGUUGAGGCGUUUCUGUGUUGAUCUGUUUCCAUGUCACCGUCAAAUCCAUAGAAAUGAUCUAAAUAUAAAAUCUUCUCUUUGCUCUGCUCUGAACCCAGCUCCGCUGCCAGAUGAUAUCACUGCAUUGGCGGCCCAACCAUGUCAGAGUCAAGUGUCAUAUGAUAAAAAAUAGAGUUCAGCAGUGUUAAAAAAUAACACAAUAUGUUAAAAAUAUGUUAAAAAAUAACACAGAAACUACUGAACAUGAGGAGGAGGCUUUUCAAGCCAACCACCGAUCAAGCAAUGUUUCAGAAGUUAUCAACUUUUUUGUCUUCUGCUACAUGUUUAUCAAUCUCUUGGUGUCUAACAUUGCUACAUGGACAAUACGUGGAUACAAGAGGUCUCUCCCGUACCUCAGGAUAAACAUCAUUCUCAUCCUUAAUAGCUUUCUGGUGGAAACCUUCAACGUGAUCGUUUCAAUCACGGGACUCGUUUCUGUAUUCUGUUCUGUGGUUUGGAUACCCUACUGGAUGGCCUGUAUAGUGGUAGCUGCAAUCUUCUACUCAAUAAACCUGGCCCUACUUAUGGCCAUGACAAUAUCGAUUUCCAGGCUACUUAUGAUCGUCAAGUUUGAUGAAAUGAUUGAGCUUGAGCCUGAACGGUUGUCAAGAAGAAUUCUUCAGUUCUUGCUUGUGACUGUCAUGAUUCUGAUGGCAUACCCAACACAUGUUAUCUACGCUACUGGUCAUGUGUCACCACCAGUUCAGUUUUGGACUGGACUAAAAAGCUCUGAAUCUAUCAAUCCUUACCUCAUACUUGCCAUUGCUCUUGGACUGGUUGGUAUCAUCUUAACCAUGGGACCAUAUAUCUAUGGAAAAUACUAUCUUAACAAAUACCACGCUAUCAGGAACCUUUAA